AUGGCGACAGGCAAAUCUUCAGUCAUUAUCAUUGGGGGAGGACUGGCUGGCCUAGUUGCGGCAACCGAACUGUCAAAACGCAAGGUUCGUACCAUAAUCGUCGAUCAGGAAAAUGAAGCCAACCUAGGAGGACAAGCAUAUUGGUCGCUUGGUGGGCUCUUCUGCGUGAAUUCGGCCGCCCAGCGGCGCUUGGGUAUCGAGGAUAGUAGAGAAUUGGCGAUGCAAGACUGGCUGAACACAGCUGGCUUUGACCGUGAUACCGACUUUUGGCCUAGGAAAUGGGCACAGGCAUUUGUCGACUUUGCCACGGAUGAAUUGGAAACUUAUCUGAGAGACGUUGGGAUUUCAUUCUCGAGCGUUGGCUGGGCAGAACGUGGCAGUGGAAGCGCAAAUGGCCAUGGGAAUUCCGUCCCAAGGUUUCAUAUCACCUGGGGUACUGGUCCGGCAGUUGUCAAAGCCUUUGAAAAACCAGUACGCGAGGCAGCUAAGAAUGACAUUGUGCAAUUUAGGUUCCGGCACAAGGUGGACCAAAUUAUCGUUGAUGAGAAUACUGGUGCUGCUGUUGGCGUUCGAGGCCAAGUGUUAGAGCCAUCAGACACAGCACGGGGGAUUGAGAGCAGUCGGACAGCUAUCGACAGCUUCGAGAUUCGUGGCGGUAAUAUCAUCAUCACCUCCGGUGGCAUUGGGGCCAACCUUGACAUGGUGAGAAAGAAUUGGCCCGUGGAUCGCUUAGGACCUCGAGUACCUCAAUCAUUCGUCAUCGGUGUGCCAGCUUAUGUCGAUGGUCGAAUGAUCCAAGUCGCAGAAGAAGCAGGGGCAAACGUGAUCAACAGGGACCGGAUGUGGCACUACACAGAGGGGUUGCACAAUUGGAAUUCUAUUUGGCCGCAGCAUGGAAUUCGAGUGAUACCUGGUCCCUCUUCGUUAUGGCCAGAUGCUACUGGGAAUAGGCUUCCGCCAUUUCUUUUUCCUGGUUGUGACACACUGGCGACGUUGAAAUAUACAUGUUCCACGGGUUAUGAUUAUACAUGGUUCAUACUCAACAAGACCAUCGUCGCCAAAGAAUUUGCCCUCUCAGGAUCAGAACAGAACCCAGAUUUGACCAGCAAAAGCAUUUUAAGAACACUUCAGCAACGAGUGUUUGGAUUUGGACCUACAGCACCUGUCCAGGCAUUCUUAGAUAACGGCCAAGACUUUAUAGUUGAAAAGUCUCUAUCCGACCUUGUAGAUGGAAUGAACAGGCUUGCCGAAGAAAAGGGCGGCCCGUUAUUGGAUAUUGAACAGGUAAAACGCGAAAUUGAGUCUCGGGAUAUCCAGAUUGACAACAAGUAUACCACAGACGCACAGCUGAUGCUCAUUGAAAAUGCACACAAGAUUUGGCCUGAAAGACUAUCGAGAGUUGCCGCACUUCACAAGAUCUUGGAUCCUCGACAUGGACCCCUGAUAGCGGUGAGAAUGAACAUCCUGACGCGGAAAACACUCGGAGGACUCGAGACAAACAUCGACGCGAACGUCCUUCGUCAAGAUGGGUCAGUCUUCCCGAACCUGUAUGCUGCUGGUGAGAUUUCUGGAUUCGGCGGAGGAGGAGCUCAUGGAUACAGCUCUCUUGAAGGGACUUUCCUGGGUGGAUGUAUCUUUUCAGGGCGGACUGCCGGCGUUAAGAUUGCAGUGACGAUGGGAGUGUAG